GACGCAAAUAAUCUGGUGUUUUUUGAUGUUUGACAAAUUAUUUUCCUUGUGAGAACAUAAAAUUAAAAUAAAAGUUUUUACUUCACAAAAUGUUAUGCCGACUCUGUUUAAAAGAUUCUGAUUGCUGCUUGGAAAUAUUUGACGUUAAUGGCGAACAAUUGGAAAUUGCGGAAAUAUUGAAACGACACUUCUGGUUCCAGCCUCUGCCUUCUGACACCAUUUCAACGGUGAUAUGUCGAAUUUGUUGGUUAAAAGUAAGCGAUUUCCAUCAAUUUUAUUUGACAAUAGAACAAGCACAUUCGAGUCUGAGUGGUACCUGCGUGAAACUUGAAACCGUAACUGUGACUGAUCAGGAUUUUACUGAACAGUCUGUUCAAAUUAAAGAGGAAUGUUUAGAAUAUUUAAGCAUAAAUGAGAAAGUUGAAGAAUUGAUUAAUCCAUUAUAUGAAGCAGAAUUAGACCAUAGUAUGAAUGAGGAUUCAGAAGAAGAUGAAAUAAAAACCAAAGAAAUUAAAAAUGAGUCAAAUGCUGUAAACAUAACAGAAAAAAUACCGAGACAAAAGCGGAAAUAUGUGCGAAGGAAACAAUGUAAAAAAAUACUGGGAAAGAGUAAACUGGAUGAAGAUGAAGACGACAGUGAAGAUGAUGAUGAUGAUGAUGAGCAGGAAAAACCAAAACGGCAAAAAGUUAUUACCUCAACGCCACAAGACGAUGCUAUGGUUAAAAAAUACAUUCCCAUGGGCUGUGAACUUUGUACAUUUGUGGGUGAAGACUUCACCGCAAUGGCUAAACAUUUCCGUUUGCAACAUCCCAUGAUUAAACCGUACAUUCGUUGUUGCAACAAAAAAUUAAAUAAACGGUUUAAAGUUGUUCAGCACGCGUAUAAACACGAGGAUCCUGAUUUUUUUAAAUGUCAGGAUUGCCAAAAAGUGUUUUCUGAUCGGUACACUUUAAAAUCUCAUAUGAUUGCUGCGCAUGCCCCAGAGGAAGAACUCAAUUUCGCCUGUGACCAAUGUCCCAAAAAGUUUUCACGAAAGCAUUUAUUAGAGUUACAUCGGCCUUCACAUGUACCAAUGGAUGAGCGCUCUUUCAUAUGUGAUCAAUGUCCAAACAGUCGAUUUGCUAGCAAUCAUUUAUUGAAAAUUCACAUAAGCAUGCGUCAUCGUCGGGCAACUAACGUUUGUCAUGUGUGCGCUAAAGAGAUUCGGGAUAAAGCAUCAUUUGAAAAGCAUGUACGUUUACAUUUCGAAGACAGCGGACCUCGUGUUAAAUGUCCACGACCUGAUUGCGAUCGGUGGCUUAAGGAUGAAGAAAAUUUGCGGCAGCAUAUGCGUCGACAUAAUGAUGAGGGACUGGUUUUCAAAUGUGAUGAAUGUAACCGCGUUUGCAAAAAUCGUCGCGCGUUACGAAGUCAUAUACUUUAUGUGCACUCAAAUGAAGUUUUCACCUGUGAGGAGUGUAAUAAAACUUUCAAAAAAGCAAUUACUUUGAGGGAACAUAUGGCACAGCAUACUGGUGAAAGCCUCUACAAGUGUCCAUUUUGUACUCGAACUUUCAAUUCAAAUGCUAAUAUGCACUCGCAUAAGAAAAAAAUGCACCCUAUUGAAUGGGACGUGUGGCGAAAAACGAAACAAGGGAGUUCACAGCAGUUGAUAAGUAAACAACAGAGCACUUUAAUAAGUUUCAUUAAAAUAAUUUUUAAUAUGUUUUGCAAACUGUGUGACAAAUAUUCAGAUGGUUUGCUAGGCAUAUUCGAUGAAGAAGGUGUUGAAAUGGGUAUUGCUGAUAUUAUCGGGUUACACUUUUGGUUUAAGUUACACUCUGAUGAUGACAUAUAUGCAGCGAUUUGCCCAGCGUGCUGGUUAAAAUUAAGCGACUUUCACCGAUUUUAUAAGAUGGUAGAGCAGGCUCAUUCGGUACUUGCAGAUAACAGCAUUAAAAAGGAGCCCCUAAGUGAAUUAAUGGACAUUGAAUUUAUUGAUCCUAAUGUAACUAUUAAAGAAGAACCCGAUGAAAAGACAAAUUCGAAGGCUAAAAAGUCAACAGACAACUCGAGUGAGGUGAUAAAUCAAUUUUGCGAAUUAGAAGUGCCCUCUUCAAUUAGUAACGAAGCAACAAAUACUGAAACGGACUUGCUAAAUCCUUUUAGUGAACUAAGCUCCCAUAAAAUAAAAAAUGACAUUUUCGUGAAACUUGAACUUAAAAAUGGUGCAAACAAUUUACCUACAAUUGCAGGCAUAAAAUCAACAAAUUCAGAAAUCCGAAAAAAGCAAAAAUACGUUACACUUCAAUUUUUAGGCUCUAAAAACAUGAAGCGUAAAAAUGAAAGAGAUGAAUCUACAAAACCAAAUGAUUGUCCGAAAAAGAUUAAAGGUCGAUCAAGUAUUAAAUCGAGUUCGGAAGACAAAGAGAUGGUUAAAAAAUACAUUCCUAUGAUCUGCGAGUUGUGCACCUUUAUCAGCGAAGACUAUUCUUCUGUUAGGAAACACUUCCAAAAACAGCAUCCAAAAAUAAGAUCAUACGUAAGAUGUUGCAAUAAGAAAUUAUUUCACCCUAUUGAGAUCGUACGUCAUGCGUAUAAACACGACAAUCCUGAAUUCUUUAGGUGUAAAGACUGUAAAAAAAAUUUUGCGGAACAGUCAACACUCUCCCGUCAUAUGAUAACUGCACACGCACCAGAGGAGGAACUAAAAUACAAUUGUGAUCAAUGUCCUAAGAGAUUUCGUUGCCAAAAGAAACUUGAAAUUCAUAAGAACUCGCAUGUGCCCCAGAACGAGCGAAUAUUCGUUUGUGACCUAUGUCCUAAUAGCCGCUUCGCCAGUAAUGAUCUUUUGAAAAUUCACGUAUGCAAGCAGCACGGUCGACCAACCAAUGUUUGUCAUGUGUGCGCUAAAGAGAUGCGAGAUAAAGCGUCAUUUGAAAAGCAUGUGCGGUCGCAUUUCGAUGAUGGUGGUCCGAAGGUAAAAUGCACAUUGGAUGGUUGUGAUCGUUGGCUCAAGGAUGAAGAUAAUCUUCGACGACAUAUACGAAGAUUACAUACCAAAGAUCAAAAAGCGGUCACAUGUGAUACAUGCGGGCGGGAAUGUAAAAAUCAAGAUGCAUUAACAAGACAUAAAUAUCGUGUUCAUUCAAAUGUCGUAUUUACCUGCGAGGAAUGCAAAAAGACUUUUAAGCGAGCGAUUCAUUUGCGGGAACAUAUGGCACAACAUACUGGUGAAAUUCUUUACAAAUGUCCAUUUUGUACGCGUACUUCCAAUUCAAAUGCAAAUAUGCAUUCGCAUAAAAAGAAAAUGCAUCCCCUAGAAUGGGAGAAUUGGAAAAAAACAAAUAAUGGAAGUUCACAGCAAAUAUUAAGUAAUCAACUGGAAAAUACACAAAACUUGUAUUCAUUAUAUAACAAUUAAUACAUAACCAAAGUGAAUGUUUUUGCAUUAUAUAUACAUACAUACAUAUGUAUGUAUUUAUAUGUACAGUUAGUAUAAUAGGUCUUGACUGUGGAUAUUUUAUUAUUAUCAAAUAAUGUAUGUCUUAUGACUCCACAUUUUAUGUCACAAAUACACUUAGCUAGGGUGAGCUUAACCACCAGCCACUUAUAGUGGUGUAAUCGCUAUAUUUUCUAAGAUUUAA